GGCUAGUGCAACUUAUUCAAGCACCACAUUUCCAUCCAAGGUGAAUUGGCUUCAUCUUGGGAACAUUGAAUGUCGGAAUAGCUGCUAGCCUCAGAGUACCAGAUAACUUCCCUUUCGUGGGAUAAGCCGAUCUCUCACUCCGUUCUCUUCUGUCUACUGAAACUGCGCUUUAAAUACGUAUAAAAUGGUUGUCUUAGCCGCAUCUAUCUGCACUCGAGGCGGGAAAGCUGUCCUUUCAAGGCAGUUCCGCGAGAUGCCCAGAUCGCGAAUCGAAGCCCUUCUGGCAUCCUUCCCCAAACUCGCCGAUUCUGGAACUCAGCAUACCACCGUCGAGCAGGACAAUGUUCGCUUCGUCUACCAACCCCUGGACGAGCUCUACAUGGUGCUGAUUACCAACCGCCAAUCCAACAUCUUGCAGGAUAUUGACUCCCUCCACCUAUUCGCCCAAGUGGUUACUAGCACGUGUAGGACCUUGGACGAGCGGGAGAUCGUCAAGAAUGCCUACGAACUUCUCAGCGCCUUCGACGAAUUGGUUUCCCUUGGCUACAGAGAAAAUCUCACCAUCAGUCAGAUCAAGACCUUCCUAGAGAUGGAAAGUCACGAGGAGCGCAUCCAGGAGAUUAUCGCACGGAACAAGGAACUCGAAGCCACCGAGGAGCGCAAGCGAAAGGCUAAGCAACUGGAGCUGCAGCGAAAGGAAUCCGCGAGAAUCGGCCGUCCUGGCGCGCCGAGAACGCCGGUGUAUCCGACUUACACUCCCCCUACUCGGCCCACGCCUGUAGAUACGUACGAUACCUACGAGGCUGAGAAGAACAAGUCACAUAAGCCGACCGUGAUGAAGGGCAAGGGAAUGCAGCUGGGCAAAAAAUCGAAAACUACUGAUAUGUUCGAGCGCGUCCGAGGAGACUUGGGAGCUGAAGUAGACGAGUCACCGCUGGUACCAUCCGCUCCCACCCCUGUUGCCGAACCCGCCGCUCCACGGAUUUCCUCCACCUUAGAUCGUGACGCAAUCCACAUUACUAUCAACGAGAGUAUUACUGCGAAACUGUCGAGGGAAGGUUCACUCAACUCUCUAGCUGUCAGCGGUGACCUAAGCCUCAAAGUCUCGGAUCCUAGCUUGACCAAGAUCAAGCUCGAUCUUUCAGCAAAUGCAUCCCACGGUGUCCAGUUCCGCACUCAUCCCAACGUUGACCGUGGCCUCUUCACAAGCUCCAAGGUCAUCCAGAUGAGCAAUGUAGCGCGUGGUUUUCCAGUCAACAACGCCGUCGGCGUUCUAAGAUGGCGAGUCACGCCGAAGACGGAUGACACUAGUGCCUUGCCCAUUAGUUUCACGGUUUGGGUGAACAAGGGCUCAGGCGGCAACUUCACGAUCACGGUCGAAUAUGAGCUCACAGGAGGUGACACGCUGAAGGACGUGUCCGUCGUCAUUCCUUACGCCACAAGCGAGCCGUCUGUGUCCAGCUUUGAUGCUACCUACGAAGUAUCUGGAGAUAGCCUCGAAUGGACUAUUGGGACGAUUAGCGACGAUAAUCCCAAUGGCUCUUUCGAAUUCGACGCUCAGGCGGACGACGAGAACGAGUUCUUCCCCAUGCAAGUUCGGUUUUCAAAGACCACCCCCUUCAUUGAUGUCGACGUCACGUCGGUAUCGUUGGUGGAGGAAAAUGAAGAGGUCACAUUCUCUAAAGAUGUCAGAUCGGUGGCCGAUUCGUAUUUAGUCGAGUAGAGGUAGGCUUAGGCAAAUACUAAUGAGUCAUGUAUGAAAUGACGGCCUCUAAAAAGGAGUUGUGAUGUGAUGUUAUAUAGAGCGAUGGUCCAAAUAGAGCAUGCUACUAGUAAUGGAUUGUGAAUAAUUGCCAACAAUAUCGGCCUCCAAAUUUAGGUGUGGAUCUUCUAUUUGACGAGUUACUCCUUUAAGCACGUCAAUAUACUAUCUAAGACGCUAUUCAUGGAUACAGAUCCAAUGUUGCAAGUUGAACGUUGUGAGACAGGUGCGAUUAACGGGAUGGAAACAAUACCGUACCAGAUACGGUGGUGUCGUUAUUUAUAGUCUGUACUGUACAGUAUCCUCGGCGGGACUGACAAAUUUAGCGCGCCGUGUCCUCAGUAAAUUAACCUUAGUUUUUGCAACUUUGAGAGGCGCGACGUAAAAG